AUGCAAGAUCCAUUUCACGAAGUUCGAGAGGAUGCGACGAGACAGCUGAAGCAGAUUCAAGGCUUAUUCGCUCAAUUUUUGAAGGAUCGCAACUCCGGCUAUCCUACUCCCUCUACUGAGCUAAUUUAUGCCAUCGAUGAGUUGUCUGAGACGUUAAAAGAUCUUCGUGAGGCCGUUAAAAUUGCUUCAGACAAUGCAGAGCACUUUCAAUUGAGUGCAGAAGAGCUUACGGAACGUGCCAAAUAUGUCGAGGGACUAGAACGGCAGCUGAACGAUAUCCAACUGGGUCUUGCCGAAGAAUCAAAAUUACCUCCGGUCGGAGGGACGAAUGCUGAAGCUCAAGAUGCUGUUGACAGGGCAGCGGUCGCUGAAGAUACCGCAGCUCGCCGUGCAGAGGAACAACAGUACCAACAGCAGCUGUAUCAGGAACAGGAUGUCAUGCUUGACAGUGUUUACAAUACCGUUGGUACCAUACGUGGUCAAGCCGUCCUCAUGGGCCAAGAGUUGGCCGAACAAUCGACUAUGCUUGACACACUGGACGAGCAACUCGAAACGGUUGGAUCGAAAUUGAAAACUGGAUUACGAAGAAUUAAAGACUUUGCCAUUGCGAAUGCCGAUCAGGUUGUUGUAUCACAAUUCUCGUCAUCAUCCUUGUAA